CCGGGGGGUCCUGCCAAGUGAGGCGGGCUACUGAAGGCGAGUGUGUCAGUUGCUGUGCCCGCGGGCUCAGUGCUCGGAUGCAAGCCGCCUCUUUUUUGCCGUUAUCCUCAUUCUUCUCCCGCCGCGACUACAGGGCCUUGAGCACCCAAGUGUGUAUCUGUCCGCAGGUUCGGGGAGGGCCAUGGAGGUGCGGCCGCCCGCGCCACGGAGCUUUCCCAGCAGGGCGCUAGGUCUUUUCCCUCGCGUCUUUGCCGCGCAAGCUGUGGCCGCCGAUUCGGAGCCCCUGGCGGAGAAGAAGCUACCUUCCUACGUCCCCGAACGGCACCUCCCGGAAUCCGGAUGGGAACGCCUCCGGCAGCUGUUUGUCAAAGAUGAACAGCAGAGAACAUCAGAAGAACUUCAGAAUAUUUACAGGGCAGCAGUUUCAGCAGGCAUCAUUGGCUGGGCAUAUGGGGGAAUACCAGCUUUUAUUCAUGCUAAACAGCGCUACGUUGAGCAGAGCCAAGCACAAGUUUAUCAUAACCAGCUUGAUGCUGUGCAAUCUGCACAUCAGGCUGCCACACGCGGCUUCAUCCGGUAUGGCUGGCGCUGGAGUUGGAGAACUGCAGUGUUUGUUACCAUAUUCAACUCUGUGAACACUGGUCUAAAUGUGUACCGAAAUAAAAAUACCCUAAGCCAUUUUGUCAUUGCAGGAGCUGUCACAGGAAGUCUUUUUAGAAUAAACUUAGGCCUGCGUGGCCUGGUUGCUGGUGGCAUAAUUGGAGCCUUGCUAGGCACUCCUGUAGGAGGCCUGUUAAUGGUGCUUCAGAAGUACUAUGGUGAGACUCUUCAAGAAAAAAAACAGAAAGAUCUGAUAGCACUUCAUGAGCAGAAACGGCAAGAAUGGGAAGCCAGACUACAAUUUACAGAAAUACUUCCUGAAAAAAUUGAAAGUGACUUACAGAAAGAUCAAUCCAAGGAUGAUGUUAAGAAAAUUGAAGCCCUGCUAAAUCUUCCUAGGAACACUUCAUCAACAGAUAAACAAGACAAGAACUGAAAAUGUUCUGGACAUUUGAAACUUUUGUCAGAGUUGAAGGGGCAUUUGUGGCCCUAUCAUGGAUGUCAGUAGUCAGCUGACAAAUGUACGUGCUGGUGUUUGAGGUGGUAUUGAUUUGCUCUUAUUUUUUGUUUUAAACCAAGAUUUGGGCUGUUGUACUUUCACUUUCCUUCUCCAUUGACACAUUUGACAUUAUAUCUAUAUUGAUCCAUCAAUAUAUAUUGUUCCCCUUGGAUUUUAAAACAGUAAAUGUAAAGCCCCAAAUGGUUAAAGUUGAAUUUUACAAGUUGUAUAUUUAUUCUUGUAACCUUUAAAAGAGUACUCUAGGAAAAACUAGGAGGAGAAGCAGGUACAGGAAAUAGUCUAUGAAGCCCCAUGGGCCCUGAGUCCUGGAAACACUGUGGGUCUAAUGUGUUACAAUGUUUAGUUUUGUUUUAAUAAAAAUCAAAGGUGACCUCUGUGUCAUUUGCAAUAAAAUAAAAAUUUAAGAAACAGGACGUAAUCUUUAGAGACAUCCAGAUUUUGUUUCCUUCUUAGUAUUGCUGAGGAAGUCUGUCAUGAUGCGCUGUAAAAUUACUUAACCUAGAGGCACAAUCUCUAGUCUCCAAGGAGCUUGCUGCCUUAUAAGGAAGUCUUCCCACAGAUUGUAACUUUUACUGGAUGAGGAGGUUGAGGGUGAAGGCAGGAAAUUACAAAGUACACUGAAGGGAAAAAACUUCUAUGGCUUAGUUUUGGUUUUAGAACUACUAUGAAAACACUGCUGUUCCAUAGAAGCAAGAUAUAUGAAACAGCGUAAUGGUCUGGCUGAAAAACAUGGGCUCUGGAGACAGACCACUGGCUGCUAAACCUACCCGUGAGGCUUUGCAGCCAUGUGAGGCAUAGCAACACCAUUUUAAGUCUCAGUUUUCUUAUCUGCAAAUGAAAUAGAAUCUGCCUCAGAAUGGCUAGUAAAUGAAAUGGUGCAUGUGAAGAGUAGUACAAUCGCCCAGGUACUGUAUAAUAGUGCCCAUUAUAUAAUGGUAAAAUCAGUAGUCUUAAGAAUAUGAGAGCCUCUGUCUGCCCCAGAAUAUUUUCACCAUAAUUUGUUAUUAUCACAUACCAUAAAGAUGUUAUUUUAAAAUUCCAUUCACCAGUUGUGCCAAGUUAGCUGUUAGGCAAUCUGUUUUUCAUACCCACAUAUUGA